AUGGUGCUUCACCGUGCCAUCCAGGCCGCCCGCGAGGGGGACCUGCCCACGCUUCGGGCCCUCUUCGCCUCGGGCCACCUCACCCCGGCCGUCGCCGACGCCCAGGGGGCCACGCCCGCCCACCAGGCCGCCCGCUGCGGCCACCUGGACUGCCUCCGCUUCCUCGUGGGCGAGGCGGGGCUCCCCGGGGAUGCCAGGGCCGGGAACGGGGCAACGGCAGCUCACGAUGCGGCCGCCACCGGGCACCUGCCAGCGCUGCGGUGGCUGGUGGAGAACAGGAUCUGCAGCACUGAGGACCGCGACAGUGCAGGAGCUACAGCGCUUCACCUUGCUGCUCGCUUUGGCCGGGUGGAUGUCCUCCAGUGGCUGCUGUCGUUCGGGGGCAGGGCAGAGGCGGAGACGGACUGUGGGGCCCUGCCUGCCCACUACGCCGCUGCCAAGGGUGACCUUACCUGUCUCAAACUGCUGCUCCACCAGGCCCCAGGGUGUGUGAAUCGCCAGACGGUCAUCGGUGCCACCCCAUUGUACAUAGCCUGCCAGGAGGGCCAUCUGCAUGUGGUGGAGUACCUGGUGAAAGACUGCGGGGCGGACGUCCACCUGAAGGCCCAUGAUGGCAUGACCGCCCUGCACGCUGCCACACACAUGGGCCACCAUGCCCUGGUGGUCUGGCUGGCUUCCUUCACCGACAUAGACCUCUCCUGUCAAGAUAAGGAAGGGGCCACCGCACUGCACUUUGCUGCCAGCAGAGGGCACCACCGGAUCCUUGAGAGACUGCUGCGCAUGGGAGCACCGGUCAUCAAGGACUACUGGGGCGGGACCCCCCUGCAUGACGCUGCUGAGAAUGGGGAGCUAGAGUGCUGCCGAAUCCUGCUGACCAACCAGGUCAGUCCCACAGAGAAAGACAAAGAUGGAUUUACUGCAGCUGACCUGGCUGAAUACAAUGGCCAUUAUGAUUGUGCAAACUACCUUCGGACAAAGGAGCAAUGUGGCUCCUUCACAGACGGAUCUUUGCCAGAGGUUAGCUCCAGUGAAGCAGAGAGAAGAGGAAAGCCAGCAGUUUCCUGGCAACCCAGUUCUGCGGACUACUACCAGGGUCUGAACGGCACGCUCGCACACACCUGCAGUGGUACAGACAUGGAGAACAGCAAGCAGCCAGUGAAGGAAGUGCUUCCCCAGCCACGCCCCCCACUGCCUCCCCCAGCGACACCCCUCCCACCAUCCUCACCCCCUCCUCAGAUACAAACCAAUAACACAAUCCAGCAUUUUCAGAUGGCAUCAAAUGUCGUGUCAUCCUUUAGCCAGGCGAGAACAUUGGAGGAGAAGCAAAGACUACUCUCGCAUAUGAAAUCCAUCAAGUCUUUGAAACACGCAGGGAUCACAGCUGUCUUCACGGGACAGUCGAGAGUGGACGAGAAAGGGAACGAAAUAGUGAUGCUGCCGACGGAGGAGGCCAACCUGGCUGACAUAGACUCGCUUGUGCCCACACAUGAUGAGAAAGGCCAGCCUAUCCCUGAGUGGAAGAGGCAGGUGAUGGUACGCAAGCUGCAGGCUCGGCUGCAGGAUGAAGAGGACCUGAGGAGGAAGGAAAAUGGCUGCAAAUAUAUGGAGAUGGAUGGCUGGAGAUUCUCGCAGGUGCACAAUGCCAUCCUUGGCCCCUUUGGUGAGCUGUUGACCGAAGAUGACCUGGUCUAUCUGGAGAAACAGAUCGAGAACGUGUCCAUGCAGAAGAGGUGCCAAGCCUAUGAGCUUGAGCUGGCUCGUCUGGCUGAGGAACUGCGGACAAUCCUCCCUGCUCCCAUCGUCAAUAUCACGGUCAACACACAGCUCGGCAAUCCAAAUGCAGAUGACGGACAGAUACCCCUGCCAGUGUGGUGCAACCGCAUAUCUGGCAUCGUAAAGAGCAUGUCCCUGCUCCUGACUAACCUGACCGAAAAGGAUGGCGCCAUAUGCAAGAUGCCCAACAAUGAGCUUGUGUCUGUUUUCUCACAGCAGCCAGCAGAAAGACGGAAUUCCAUGAGGGUAAGCAGGGAAAAUGUGGAAAAGGAGAUUCAACAGUUUGGUGUCUCGGUGCAGAAUCUUAGAUCAAACUUUGAGUCUCAGAUGGCGGGUCAUUUGCUCUUAACUGGAAGCCUAGGUGGUGGGUCACUUGUGCAAAAUAUGCGGGAGGGGCAUGUUAACAGCAGGGUAGAGAGAGCUGCUGAAAUGGUGGACGACAGCAGGGAUUCUGGUAUAGACUGCGAAGAGGUGCCCAGAGAAGGCCUUCAUCCAGUGAGAGAGACCACCAGCUUGCGAAAAGAGCGAAUAGUUGUCUUGUUCUUGAGUCACUGGAAGAAGUCAGCCUACACCUUAACCAUGAGGGGUAAAAAGUGCUUGGACGGACAAGAAGCUGACGGGAAGGCUGAACAGAAAAUUCUAGAAAAUAUCCCACAGGAAACUCAGCCCCAGCAGACUAGGGGGAACGGCUCGGUAUGUCAUUUCUUCAGACAGCGGACUGCCGUCAACAAGAUUAUUGGCAACUGGAGGAGCAUCACCUCUGGCGUCCCCUCACGGCAAAUCCGCCGUCUCAACCGCCAACGGGUCACUUACUCCCCCGAACAGUUCCUGCCCCGUGUGAAUGGGGUACCCGUUGAUUACAACAGCCUGACCCUCGACCUUUUCAUGCUGGGCUACUUCCACAUCCUGGAGCAGGAGCUGCCUGCCGACGAGAGGAAGAUGAGGCAUCUGCUCUGCUUUGAGGUGUUCGACCAUGUGGGCCGGUUCCCCUGGGAAAUGGUGAGGGACUUCCACAGGGCUGUGCUCCACGAUAUUGAAGCGGGGAACAGGGAGUGGAAGGAUGGUUUUGAGGAUAUCAAAGUCAAGUAUUUUGGCAGCAAGCAAAACCAGUUGGAACCACCCUCCAACCCUGGGAGUCACCUGCAACCAGAGGCAAGGCCGGUGCCUAUGGUCAUUGUCCAGACUGUCACCCCAGAUGAGGGGGACUUUCUGAGAAAGGGGGAUGCAGACAUCUCCUGCUUCAACAAUGAUGACAUUUGCAAGUACAUUGAUCGAAGUUUUGCUUUCUGGAAGGAGAAAGAAGCUGAAAUAUUUGACUUUGAACAUUAGUUGCUGCCUUUUUCUGUUUUUUUUUUUUAAUAUAUAUUUUGUAUGAUACUGUAUGCAAUCUCUGCUUCCCUCCAACACUCAUUAAUGCCUGACUAAGUUAGUGUUGAA